GCGACCCACAUUACGGCGAUCCUUGUCACUCGAUGACAUCCAGCGCAGGCGCGACGACGAUAGUGUUAAUAAUAGUAAUAACACUAUUACAGGAGCAACAACAACAACAGCGUCUAUAGCAACCACACCGCCAUCAGGUAUAGACGAAGAAGCGUCUCAGACUACUAUCCAGCGCAAAAAGCCACUGAAAAUGUCGCGUAGCAACAGCUCCUCAUACCACCAUCGUUGCCAACGUCGUCGCCGCCAUCAUCAUCGAACGAAUACAGCAGCAACUACAACCGACGAUGAAGAUUACGAUGGCACACGGGAUAUGCUUACGGAUACGGAAGACAACACCCUCAUUGACCAAUGUGCAGCUCAAGAAAGCCAGAUUGCAGGAGAUCGGCUUUCCAAACGGUUGAGUGGGGGUCACUUUGGGUCUGCAGGAGGAUUGAUCCUGAGCACACUACCGGUGUCAACUCGACAUCAAACGGAUGAUGAGUUUGAAGAAGAGGAGGAGGACAAUGACGAAGAAGAAAAUCAUACAGUAGCAGUUCCAUCCUCAUCGGACAUCAUGCCACCCAACAACAACAACAACAACAACAACCAUGUCGGCAGCAGCUAUAAUACUUGUAGUAUCAAUAACAUGUCAGUACCUACUGCACCUCCGAGCGAGUCCGGGUCCUCGCAGCAUCUUCCCAAUGUCGCAAGCACCGUGCAUACCGAAACGAGCGAAUCAGAGACCAUUGUAACACCCCCGGAUGAUGAACAUCUUAUUGCUCAUCGACGACGUGACAGCAUUUCUCCUGUUGACCCAUACGACAAACCCCAACACCGGAAUAGCAAAAAUGGAAAAGAAGAAGAUGACGACGACGACGACGACGACCAAGAAGAGUCUAAUCGAUUAGCGGCAGAAACUGCCAAAAGAAUCUGGGAAGAGGAUUCCACUGUUUAUGCUGACAUGGAGCAUAUCGCAGAAUGGAUUGGCAACGGGAAACCAUUGAGCGUGAACAUUUUGCAGCACUACUUUCUGUACUUUGAUUUCACCAACAUGAGAUUGGACGACGCAUUUAGAAAACUAUGCGGAAAACUGCACAUGAAAGCCGAGUCACAACAGAUUGACCGUAUCCUUGUCGAGUUUGCCAAUCGUUACUGGGAUUGCAACCCUUCGUGUGUUUUUGGAAAUUCAGAUGUCGUUCACGCUGUUGUCUAUUCGUUACUACUCCUGAACACUGAUCUGCACGUUGCUCAGGGAGAUCACAAAAAGAUGUCACGAUCGGCGUUUGUGCGUAACACAAUGAAUGCCGCGCGUGCCCAGUACGAACGCACCAUCGUCAGCGACGACGAUAAUAUACCCCUGCGUGAAGAACAUCGGACGAGCAAUGUCACUUUCCAUUCCCUCGACUCGCGCUCUCAGUCCUAUGAUUUGAAGCGGACAAAUAGUUGCAAAAGCUCGGCAAGUAGUAGCAGUCUGGGCAGGUUUUACAGUACGGCAGCAUCUUCGUUAGAUAUGACUCCUGCCGCCAUGGUCCAUGGUAAUCAUCCAAUCGGCAGUAAGGGGUGGCAGUCGGAAGUAGAGGCCAUUCUCAGGGAAAUGUACGUGUCUAUCCGCAAUCGACAGAUCCGCCAUCCUUCUUCCAAGGAUGAUACGGGCCGUGACGAAACGAGUGCACGCCAUUCCCGACGACGGAGCCUGCAAAUUACUGGCAGCCGAGUGGGUGCGUUCAAGCGAAGUGUCGGUACAAUCAUGUGGAAGACUGCUCGUGAGAGCAUGGUUGUCAGUGAGCAUGCAGAGUUGGAUCGCUUUUACGGCACGAAUGCUACAACUCCUACGAGUCCACGUUCCACCACCUCUGUGCAUAGCACAUCAUUCCCGCGACGCCGAUCCAUGACUUCAUUGAAAUCCAGCUUUUCACAAAGCUCGCACCUGACACAGUCCAAUUCCAUCACGACAUACCAAGCCGUUGCGCCCCUGUUGCAUCACUCUGAACUCCCGACGUCGUAUACGAGCGCAGCACCUUAUUACAAAGAAGGACUAUUGGUCCGCAAGCACCUGUUGGAACGUGCUGGACAAAAGGCCAAACAUCGUGAUUGGAAAGAAUGCUUCUUGGUCGUCGAUCGUGGCGAGAUUCGCAUGUACAAGCUGGAAAGCAAUGGUGGUGGUGGCAGUUUCUCAGAACAUCGGAAAAGUAUGGCACGAAGCAGCAUCAUGAUCAGUCGGGUUAAUUUGGCUGAUGCAUUGGCCAAUAACCCUUCUGCAGCAGUAGGCGGUGGUGAUUGGCUGGCCAAUGCAGAGAUUAUCGGCGAGAUUGAUCUCAAACAUACCUUGUCAAACGCACUGCCUUCUGGUUACAGUCGACAACGGCCCCAUGCGUUUGCGCUGCAGCAGCCCAACGGCGGCGUGUUCCUGUUCCAAGUCGGAUCGGCGGACCAAGUGGUCGAAUGGGUAUCUACAUGUAAUUAUUGGGCAGCACGCGAAAGCAAGGAGCCAUUGAUGGGCGGUGUCAGUAAUAUGGAGUAUGGCUGGGGCAGUUGCUUGGACUGCAUUUCAGUGGACGAAGAAAACGAGCAAGAAACGGUAUCAUGGCAACAAAACACGUUCCCCGCAGUAACUAUUCACGAAUGGCAGCCCUCCGUGCCACCCUCUGUCAGUAGUGCCAUGGAAGAGGCAGCACAACUCGAUAUAUUGCAUAAACAUGUUUCGAAAUUGAACGAAGAGCUCGAUAAGCAUCGGGACGUCAAACGCAAGAUGGAGCUUCGUUUUUCAACACGGAGUACAGCCGGCGCAAGAGCUAUGGGAAAUUGGGAAAACAAAUCUCAGUAUCUACUGCACGAAAUUAUAAAGUAUCAAAAUUAUUGCGACGCGAUUGAAAAGUCGCUUACCUUGCAGGCCAAGGCAGUUGAAGAGGAACGAAAAAAGAAAAGCAAUAACGACAACAAAACGGCUGAAGAUUCUACCACUAGCGUAGUAUCGGAGGAAGAAGAAUCAAUAGCAAAAGAUGUAGCUGUGACUACUAAAGAAUAAUUAAACAUACAUUCCAUAUAUGCUACAAUAUAUAGUAUGUAAAAGAUAACACUCGAUUAUUUAGUUUGACAGUACAAAGAGGUAUUAUGGAGGAACGGAAGAGCGAAAAUUAGUUAUGGGUGCCUGGUCGUCUAUGAGAAGCAAGCUUAUGCUAGUAAACGUUUAUGCCUCUUCGGCGGCUCCUUCAGCAUUGAGAUCUUGACUGUAUAUAGGCUUUGAUGUACCGUAAGCAGC